CGACACACCCCCUUUUGUCUCUUCCGUAGCUGUUUUACUCAGUUCUUGUCGUUCCUUUGUCCCUCUGAGUAUAUGUAUCCUCCUGUACUUCCUCCGAUCCGAUGUCCUAUCAAUACCUAACUCGCCUCAAUGCCGACUAACAACACCAACACACAGCCGACUGCCACACCAAUCACCGAGGAUCUCUCUGCCCACGCUACCUGUCCACCAGAAGUCGAAAGCAUAUCCUAUCCUGCUUGGAGGAAUUCUCCCCUGCAUCGCGUUCUUCCUGGGAGUGGCCAACACGGUACAAAUGCUAUCUCGACUGCCGGCUCUCUAGAACACUCAUCCCUAAGUCAUCCGCACGAUGGUGUCGGUCUCUCAAAUACCAUUGAAUUCCGGGCAGAGUCAGCUCCAGAUGCUUCCUUGAAGCAAAUGGCCGGGUCCGAUGAAGAUACUGCGGCAGGGCGAUUGAGUCCCGAUAGCGAAAGGUCGUCGUGCUCCGGUAGCGAAGCGACACCAAUCACUACACCUUCCACUUCGUCUCUGCUUAGCUAUGAGUUCUCAAGCGUUCGGCUUCUCCCGAAUCACUCCUCCUCCUUCCUCCGUGCUGGUAGCAAAUUCAUCGGGACUCAGCAGUCGGAUUGUCGGACAUACAAUGUCGAUGUGGAGAUCAAGCAUGUGGACAUGGCGGAGUCGUAUCUCUGUGGCUAUCUUCGCAUCCAAGGUCUCACCGAGGACCACCCUACGUUGACCACCUUCUUUGAGGGAGAAAUCAUCGGAACCAAACACACUUUUCAGACUAGGCACGAGGCAUGGGGGGCUACAGAGAAAACCGAUAUGCUCCAUUGGGCACGGUUUCCGGCGUGGAAACCCCUAGCGAAACAGGCGAAGCGACCGGAUUUUACCUAUCGCAAUUUUGCACAGCGCGAACACAUUUUCAUGAGAUGGAAGGAGUAUUUUCUAGUUCCGGACCAUCGAGUGAGGACGAUUGCCGGGGCAAGCUUUGAGGGGUUCUACUAUAUCUGUUUCAACCAGGUGAAGGGAACAGUAAGCGGGAUAUACUUUCACGCAAAGAGUGAAAAGUUUCAGCAACUUGAGCUUAAACAUGUCGAAAACCACGGCUGUACGCCGGCGGUUGAGUUUCGCUGAUAUCCCGCCUCUCGACCAAAGUCGAAGCUCGGCACCCCUCGCGCUUUGGAAGUUAAGGCUUCUCAUUCUUACUUUUUAUACCAUAAGAGGCUCCGCUCUGGAUUCUCGUCGAUGAAAGGAAUCUGGUUUACGUCCCCAACGCUCCUCACUUACCUCGACCGAUCGAUGCUCCCCGGUACUUUUUAAUUAUAGAAUUGAUAUUUCUAUCUAUUUGAAAGCUACCUACCUUUGUUCUUUCAAAUUUUUUCCACCUCUCAUGUCUCAUGACUGUUAUUGUGAAUGGGCGUUUCUUUGUUGGAUGACAUGCCUCAUCUCAUUCUGUUUGUUUCGGUAUUGAUAUCAAUGGGUCAUCUUGUUCAUACAGGCAGCAUAUGAAGGUCAUUUCAUUCUUGUUGGUACAACCAGUUU